AUGCAGCAUAUCGUUGUUUCCGGUCUGUUUUCUGUGCACGCAUGGACGAACAGGACAGCCUCUGAUGUUCCACAGUCUCACUCCUCUACUCUGCACUGGAAGACAAAAAUGGGACCAAACAAGAAAGCACUGAAACACAAACUGUCACAUGACACAGAAAGAGAGUUUGGAGGAACUCUGGGUGCUGUAUGCAUUCCCAUUUUUCUCCCACUGACCAUCCUCUUCCUGAUCUGUGUAAGCCAAUCACCUAAGGCCAGCGUUUUCCAGUGGCCCCCCCGGCUCCCCUCCACUGACCAGCUGUGGGACCCGCUGGCUCCCAUGGUUUUGCUGGGAUGGAUUGGACUGCAUGCCCUCCUCUAUUUGAUGCCUUUAGGAAAGGUCUCUGAAGGAUUAGUACUGAGGGAUGGAACCCGCCUCAAGUAUCCCAUAAACGGUUUUCAUGGCCUGUGCAUCAGCGCUGUGUUGCUGACGGUGUUACUGAGGCUCGGGGUUCCUCUUGGAUAUCUGUUUGAGCUGCUCGUGCCUCUGGCGGUGUCUGCCAUAUCUGUGUCGUUCCUGUUCUCCAUCUACCUCUACGUCCGCUCGUUUUUGGCUCCCUCUCAUGCUCUGGCCCUGGGGGGAGACACAGGAAACCCCUUGUAUGACUUCUUCAUUGGACGGGAGCUAAAUCCGCGGAUUGGGAACUUUGACCUGAAGUAUUUCUGUGAACUCAGACCAGGUCUGAUUGGUUGGGUGGUCAUAAACCUAGGAAUGCUGAUGAAGGAGGUGGAACUUCGAGGUUCUCCCUCCCUCUCCAUGAUCCUGGUCAACGGCUUUCAGCUACUUUAUGUGGCAGAUGCUUUGUGGAAUGAGGAGGCUGUUCUAACAACCAUGGAUAUUGUUCAUGAUGGCUUUGGGUUAAUGUUGGUGUUUGGUGACCUGGCCUGGGUUCCCUUCACUUACAGCCUGCAGGCUUCCUUCCUGGUUGUGCACCCGCAGACCCUUUCUUUGCUUAAAGCAGCAGUUAUAGUUGCCUUGAAUGGUGCUGGAUAUUACAUUUUUAGAAAAUCCAACUCACAGAAGAACCAGUUCAGACGAGAUCCAACUCACCCAAGCGUUUCAGGACUAGAGACCAUUGCCACAGCAACAGGGAAACGGCUGCUGGUGUCAGGCUGGUGGGGUCUCGUUCGUCAUCCCAAUUACCUUGGUGACCUCCUUAUGGCGCUGGCGUGGUCCCUGCCAUGUGGCUUCGCUCACCUCUUGCCUUACUUCUAUGUGAUUUACUUCACCAUCCUGCUGAUUCACCGGGAGGCCCGGGAUGAGAGACAAUGCAGGGCCAAAUACGGACUGGCGUGGGACAACUACUGUCGCCGGGUUCCCUACAGGAUCUUCCCAUACAUAUACUGAAAAAGGACAACAAACAGCACAAUAGAAACUGGUGCACAACCUCAGUUUACAAACUCAAAAUCUAAUUUUAAUUCCACAAACAAAAAGUGGCAGCUGCUACUCCAACAGGAACUUGCCGAUGGAGACUAGUGCUUAUACAGCCCUUAUUUGUAAAUGAUAGAGCAAUUUAUACAAAGAUUUAAAUCUGUCUUUUUAUUCUGACGUUAAAAACCUAAGACUUAUAUGGUAAGUAAAGCCAAUCAGCAAUACACAUCUCUUAUUUUAUAUAUGUGACAAUAUUGUCUGUCAAGACAAAAAAAGAUCUGUAAACUGCAUUUUUUUUAUUAAACCAUUAUCACAACA